UUCUUUCUGUCAUUUUGUGUCUUUUUUUAGGCUUAUAUAAGCCUAACCUGUUUGUGACACUGAGGCUACGUGCAGUAUUUUAAUGCCUGACAGUAUCUGUGGAGAAACGCUGGAGUUUCCUGCAGAGGAUGCAUUGUGUUCCGUGACGCCACACCUGCGCAGGUGCAGGUAGCACACUAUAAAUACACCUGUGGAGCAUCUGCGCUUCAAACCAGAGCAGAACGAGGCUCAGAGACGAAACACACAACUAUACUACACACCUUGUUCUUGUUUCUGUCUGUUCACCAUGGAGGAGCAGCGGUAUCCCAUCAGUGUCCGCCUCACUGGAGUCAUGCACAAGGAGAAGAACAAAAUGUACAUGUCCUCCGUGCUUUGGUCGGACCAGAAUGAUAUUGUGGUUUACAGAACUUUUCAGGAAUUCAAGGAAAUGCACAAAGAACUGAAGAAAGCAUUCCCAGCCGCAAGUAAAACCAAGAAGUCUGACCGAAUCAUCCCCAAAUUUAUAGGUAAAAAGGCGAACCGGGGAGGCCAGAAGAAAACUCCCACCAAGUCGCUGCUGCGCCUCAAAUUACUGCAGAAAUAUUGUGAUGAACUUCUGAGCUGCGACCCGCGAGUCUCUCAGUCUGCAGAACUCAUCAAGUUCUUCCACCCGAAAGCCCAGGACCUGCAGCCGGAGUUCUCCAAAAACAGCAUCAUGAUCAUGCCGUCAGAAGAUGAAAUCCGGUCCAGUGGAGAGCAGGUCGGUAACGUGACCCAGCCGUUCGUCACAGAGACGUACAGGUGUGUGGCUCCGUACGAGACCAAAGACACCAAGAACAAACCGUUCAAAGUGGCGCUGGAUGAAAAAGUAGACGUGCUCAUCAAAGACAAAGCAGGCUGGUGGCUUGUGGAGAAUGAAGAGAAGCGGAUGGCCUGGUUCCCUGCCCCAUACCUGGAGAAGAUAGAUGACUUUGAUGAUGAUGAAGAUGACAUAGAUGGAGCUUCUGAGAGAGGAAUGCUGUACAUUGCAGUCAAGAGCUACAAGGCCACCAAGAGUGAUGAGAUAAGCGUGGUCAUCGGUGCAAUGGUGGAGGUCCUGCAGAAGUCUGACAACGGCUGGUGGCUCAUCAGAUACAAUGGUAAAGCAGGCUACAUCCCCACCAUGUACCUGCAGCCCUACAACAACCCUCAUCUCCGCAUGACAUCACCGCAUCACAACCAAGAUCCUCGUCCUUCCUCCCCAAAUCGACUCCCGAGUCUGGAGCAGCAGUCCGGCCUCUUACAAGGAAACGAGCUGAAACUUCCCCAGAGCCGGUCUCCCUCGCCCCGCCCCAGGUCCCCAAACAGACAGCAGAGAUCCCACUCUCUGGACAUCAUGUCUGAACAAGCUCCUCCUCCUCAGCCUGCAGCCAGAACCCCGUCUCCUGCUCCCAGCGCCACCACCUCCCCUACGGCUGCAAUGCAGUCGCCUCCGCCCGUCAUCAGAGUGGAGAUGGACGGAGACGAGGAUCAACAGGACCGGUUCCAACGAGCAGACAGCGAGGGGAGUUUUAUCAGCGACAGCGACGACUUCAGCGAGGAGCUCAACUCCUCCUGGGGGAGCUCCUCGUCGUUCAACAUGAGCCAAAGUGACAACGAGGAUCAGCUGCGUGUCAGCCAGAGCUACGCCAGCGACCAGCUGCGUCUCAGCCGCACGCCGCCCCCCAUGCCGAGAAACCGCCUCAGCCCGACCAGCGCCACAGAGGGGAAACUGGUCCCCAGCGUCUCCGAUCCGAACCUCUACAAGGGGCCAGCAUCGCCCAAGGUGCCGCCCAGACCGAGAGCCCAGGAGAUCCUCACCCGGUGCACCACUAUCACCCGCAAGAACGCAGCCAAAGGCGCCCAGACACCCACACAGACGGAGAUAAUGAGUCGAUGAAGUUUCUACUGAUGGUUUACUAUUAAAGAUACUAUGUGCAAUUUUGAGAAAAGCCCUGAACUGCAGGCUGCACCCCGCUCUGUAAGGCGAGUAUCUUGAGCAAUCGGCCGAAACAGUGAUGUGACAAACAUGUUGUUCUACAACACUAACUUCUCCAUCUUUCUUUUUUUGAGUGAAUAAUCCCUGACACUUCAGCUCUAUAAUACACUAAAAAUAAGACAUAUUACACAGGGAGACUGAGUGUGACACUGGCCUAUUGAAAAUGUACAUACACAAACAUUCAGGAGAAGUUGGUAGCAUCACUUGAAAACUUGUUACAAAGACCUAGGGCUGUACAAUAUCUUCCUAAAUAAGUAAUGGUAGCAGCAGAACCCCACACUGAGGUAAACACUAAAAUAAAA